UGUUCCGUUGACUCCAGCCGUAACCUCUCGCUGUGUUGUCAUGGAUGUAUGUUGCUAAUGUAGGUAUUUUAAUAAUAAAACUGUAGCUGUUAGCAAUUUGGAGCUGCUCAAAAUGUCUCACUUAGUGUUUACUCAGAAUUAUACGGUACAUGUUGAUUUAUAGAGUAGAAAUUAACAAGCUAGGGUAAGCAUGCCAUUGUUGAGAGUGUUUUAAUAGUUCUGCGACAUUGUAAUUAGCCUGUUAUGUUGAUUAUUUGUUGACUAUAAGCAGUGGCAUUCACUGUCAGUGUUAUUUUUGACAGUGGUUUUCAGUUUGUAGUGUCUACAGUGUCUACCUUACAGCUGCACAUCAACCAGGUAUCAUUCAAUAACUCACUGCUUAAUUUUCCUAUGAUUACAUAGCGUUACAGUAUUAUCUCCUCUUGCCUGGAAGGAGAUCCGAAAAUCUCAUACAGGCUUAUUUUCCAAAUGGCAAAAGAGGAAUGCGUCACACAGCGCAACAAAAUCAUGGACACUUCAACGAUGCGAAACAGGAAAAAUAUCCCUGUCUUCGAAAAACACCAGACCAUCCACAAUGCAAGUCAGACUACUGGACACUGGGCAGAAGAUGACACCCAGUCCUCGAAUGGGACAUCAGCUCAGUGUUCAGGCUCAAAUGCAGACACUGCCGGUGGGGAGACCCCAAGCAGAGUGUUUUUACCUCUGGUGGUGGGGUUCUCCUUCUCUACACGCCUCUACAAGAUAGCUGAGCCCCCUCAUGUAUGCUGGGAUGAGACGCACUUUGGAAAAAUGGGGAGCUACUAUAUCAACAGGACCUUCUUUUUUGAUGUCCAUCCUCCUCUUGGGAAGAUGCUGAUAGGUCUUGCUGGUUACAUGACUGGUUAUGAUGGCACCUUUCCUUUCAUAAAGCCAGGAGAUAAAUAUGAGGACCACAACUACUGGGGAAUGAGAGGGUUCUGUGCAGUUCUGGGUUCGUUCCUGCCAAUCUUUGCCUACCUCAUAGUCCUGGAACUGUCUCGGUCUCACAUGGCUGCUCUCAUCACCGCCACCCUGCUCAUAUUUGACACUGGCUGCAUUACUAUCUCCCAGUACAUCCUACUAGACCCUAUACUCAUGUUCUUCAUCAUGGCAGCUGUUCUCAGUAUGGUUAAGUUCAACCAGCAGGCAUACAGGCCUUUUACUGUCCCCUGGUGGCUGUGGUUGGUACUGACUGGUGUAAACCUUGCUGGAGCUUUGGGGGUGAAGUUUGUGGGUCUGUUUGUCAUCUUGCUGGUGGGGCUAAACACAGUCUCAGAUCUUUGGAGACUUUUGGGUGAACUGAGCCUCUCACUGGCUGACAUUGCAAAGCACCUCCUGGCUCGGGUCAUCGGACUCAUUUUACUCCCACUCUUCCUCUACGUUACAAUAUUUGGAAUCCACUUUGUUGUUUUAAACAGAAGUGGACCAGGAGAUGGUUUCUUCAGUUCUGCCUUUCAGUCCCGUCUAAUUGGGAACAAUCUACACAAUGCAUCCAUGCCUGAGUACCUAGCGUAUGGCUCCACCAUCACUAUAAAAAACCUUCGUAUUGCUGGAGGCUAUUUGCACUCUCAUUGGCACUUAUAUCCAGAGGGAGUGGGAGCUCGGCAACAGCAGGUGACAGCGUACCUCCAUAAGGAUUACAACAACUUGUGGCUGGUUCACAGACAGGAUGAAAACAGUUCUCACUCUGAUGUCCCUGAUCUGGUUCGUCAUGGUGACAUUAUUCGCUUGGAGCACAAAGAGACGACCCGCAAUCUUCAUAGUCACCUCCACGAGGCACCUCUUACAAAGAAACACUUCCAGGUUUCAGGUUAUGGCAUUAAUGGCACAGGAGAUGCCAAUGACCUGUGGCAGGUGGAGGUGUGUGGAGGUCGGAAAGGUGACCUGGUGAAAGUGCUGCGCAGUAAAGUCCGCUUUUUGCACAGAGCUACUGGUUGUGUUCUUUACUCCUCGGGAAAGACGCUUCCAAAAUGGGGCUGGGAGCAGGUGGAAGUGACCUGUAGUCCCUAUCUAAAGGAGACUCCAAGCUCUCAGUGGAACAUUGAAGAUCAUAUCAAUCCCAAAUUACCCAACAUAAGUCUGUCGGUGCUGAAGCCCCAUUUCCUGGAGAUCUUACUGGAGUCUCAUAUUGUCAUGUUAAGGGGCAAUAGCGGCCUGAAACCCAAAGACAAUGAAAUGAACUCCAAACCCUGGCACUGGCCCAUCAACUAUCAGGGACUACGGUUUUCAGGGGUGAAUGACACAGAGUACCGUGUUUACCUUCUGGGGAAUCCUGUGGUCUGGUGGAUGAACCUGGGCAGUUUGGGGUUAUAUUUUGUAAUGGUUGCUGUGGCUUCUGUAACACUCCAAAGAGGUCUCUCAUUGGGCACAAAAAGAUUGGAGCACUCACGUAUACUUAAGAGUGGAGGAGGGCUGCUACUCCUUGGUUGGCUUCUACACUAUGCACCUUUCUACACUAUGGGUCGUGUCCUCUAUUACCACCAUUACUUUCCUGCCAUGCUCUUUAGCAGCAUGUUAACAGGAAUUACAUUAGAUAUUCUACUGAAAAGCACAGACCUGCUACUCCGUCCACCUUAUUCAGACUGGCUGCAGAGCUUGGGGCAGAUAGGACUCCUGUUGACUGUUCUUUUCAGCUUUUACCUGUUUCAUCCUCUUGCAUAUGGCAUGACAGGUCCUCUGGCACACGACCCAGGCAGCACCAUGGCUGGUCUUAAAUGGAUGGACUCCUGGGAGUUCUAGUCGGAUUUGUUUGAUAACACUAUUAAUGUUUCACAACAUUUUCCGUUAUGGUUCUCAAACUGAAACUUAUGAUGUUACAGUGUUUACAUACAUGUAGAAAUCAUUUUCAAAAGGUACUGUACUAUUUAAUCUGCCUGUCCAAGUAUCUAUCUACAGUUUCAUCUCUCAGUAUUUCCAAGUAAUCUGUUUGGUACGAAAAACGCCUGAUAAAACAGCAGUGCAAUGUGAAAGCCAGAGUCACAGAGUAUUUGAGAAUAAGGAUCUAGACACUAGUCAUCACCAAGCUGCCUUAACUCACAUCAUAUGUGACAUCCUGGACUUGUCUCAAUAAUUAAAAAAAAAAAGAAGUGCCUCGAAGAAACCAGUGAAGGUAAAUUCUGAAAUGUUCAGAUAUUACUUUUCUCUGUUUGACAGUACUGAAAACACUCUUUACAUAGAUGUAGGUCACCAGUGACUGUUCAAUUUGAAAUGGUCUUAAUGUUAGCACUCAGUAUUUUUGUAUUGUAAACAGUCAUUAGUGCUCUCCGGUAUGACUUCUGUUUUGACACUAUGAAACUACUACUGACUUUUUGUGUGCACAUUGAGUGGGAUCAAUAAACUAUGAUAUUCUU